AUGUUUCAGCUUCGUCACCAAGAAAUUCCCGUUACAAGGAUCACUGCAUGUACCGACAGUAGUGCUGUUUUAGCUUGGCUAAAUACUCCACCCUACAAGCUUAAAACUUAUGCGUCACGUCGUGUAGCAAAAAUCACAGAUAAAAAAAUACCUCUCUCCUGGGAAGAACCAGCAAGAUACCCAGCGGGAAUAAAUAAUAUAUAA